AUGCUGGCCGCACAGCUCAAUGACACGAAAGCUGUCGACUGGAUGCUGGAGCAAGACCCCAGCAUUGGUCUCAAGACAAACCGCGCCGGACAGACAGGCAUGAUGUGGGCAAGCUGGUGGAAUUCUCCCGAGAUGAUGCAAAUAUUCCGGAAGCACAAGCUGCAGCAAACACAUCGAGAUCAGGAGGGCGUCAAUCGGCUGAAGGAUGCCCGGAAAGAAGCGGAAGACUCUGAUGACCUGGCCACAUUGUCUCUGCUGCGAGUGGACCCAACCGAGCUGGAAGCUGUCGGCACGAGUGCAGGGACAGGGAUUUCUGAAGUGGACGAGAACCUCCGGGAUAGGAUGGGAGACCAGCAUGUUGCAGCAGUGCAGGAGGUUUGCGUGUACUUCACUGUCGACAACCUCAUUGCUGGCUUCGAGAUGGUUCUCUCCGACGGCGUCCGCUGUGGGCAAGUCCUAGACGAGCAAGGUCAACUGAUGACUCCAGAUGCCUGCGAACGAUUGCAGUCGAAACGCGUUGUGCCUCUCAACGGCCACUUCAUACGACAAGUCCGAAGCUGGGAUGCCAAGCCAGGAGACGGAGCCCUGUGUGCUCGACUGGAGUUCGUUACAUCCGCCAAGAUGAGAAACGAGCUUUGUUUCCCGGAUGAUAGUCGCCGGAAGGAUAAGCCCGACUUCCAAUUUCCACAAGGUGACAUGUUCGGCGAAAGCCAGGUAUGCGAAUUGCACUUCGACGGCCGUGGACGGUGUGUGGAUGUGACAACAACUGCGGUUUUGCAGGGUGAACUUCGUGGGCUGAGUAUGUUCGGGAGUCUGCAAGGAGACCUUCACUCGUCGUCCAGCAUGGAGCACUUCUUGCUGCACACUCUACUGCCGCAGUGGGAAAAGGCAAGCGAGCAGAGGUGGCCACCACAGCGACAAAACAUGUUGGGAUGGAGCGACGGCUCAUCUAUGAAAGGCUUUGUAGAGACCGCCAAGCUUUUUGUGCUGAAGGCUAUCGCAGAAGGCUCUGCAGCCAAGCCAUCUACCAUCUUCGCCCUGCACAUCCACACGCUUCAGUCCAGAUUAAAUUCCGAGUGCAUACGAGCAAUGAGGAGCCAUGAUCCACGAUUGCGACGGCUGUGGGCGCCCUACAUCAAGAAUGUCUUCGGAGCUCUUCAGGCUUGCCCUCGUCACAAUGGCUUCGCAUUUCGUACAGUGACUUUCGAGGAUGGCGACGGUAGCAGUGCACCGUGCGUCGAGCACUACCUUAAGGACAAGGGGCUGGAAGAGGGUGCCGAGGUCACCUGGUUAGGCUUUACCACGGCCACCAGCAGCCCGAGCGUGGCCAGCAACCUUUUGCUCGGCCUGGAUUGUGAAAAGUCUGGCCGCUCCCGCAAUUCUGCAGGCGUCAUCUACAAGGUUCUCGACUCCAGAGCCGUCUCGGUGAAGGAUUUCACGAACUUCCCUGAGAAGCAAGAGCUGCUGUUCGAGCCAGAUUCGAAGUUCAGA